UAACAAUUUAUUAUAUGUCUGCAUUUGGAGAUAUAUGACAACCGAAUGCAUUACCAGAUCUGCUUAUAUUGCAACUGCUAGAUAAUGGCGUUUUAUGUGUACACCUUCGCAGCCGCCAUAGUUCUUCUGGUGACGGUGGAGGCGCAGUUUAACCUGAAAUUCCCAGAUUGUAAAGCGCUGGCGGAGGCCACAGCGACAUCGGGUGAGCGUUGUUCUACGUCGCGGCUGUGGUCGAGGUGUACAGAAGUGGAUGCCGUAUUGGAAUGCACGCCAGAAUGUCCGCCAAACGUCUUCAAGGAAUGUCACGACGGCGGUAGAACAGGGAUGUAUUUGGUUACUGUGCACACUCGGGCUAACUGCAAAUGUAUCUUGAAUGGAAAUGAAAUCCUGGUACCGGGAUUUAGGACCCCGUAUGGGGGCAGACCGCCGAGGAUGUGCAAUCCAGCGAAUUGCAACUGUCCACCCGACGCUACGAUUGUACAGGAAAUCCUGUGUCCUUUCAUAGGCAUGAACAAGACUGUAUAGACUACAGCCGCUAUAUGCCCGUGGCUGGAGCGGCAUCUGGGCACUGGCGGACUGCUUUUGUGGAGAAAACUUAAAUAAACAAUAAAUAACAACAGUAUAACUUGUAAUAAUAUAGUAAUAAAGUAUACAUAUCAAUCCUAACAGACGUAAACAACCCAUAAGAAUUAUAGCAAAUUAUAAAAUAAGGUUAUAUUGUCGAGUCUUAUUAUAUUCUCCAUGUAGUUUAUUACUUGAAACUUUUCACACACAAAAAUUCUUUCGUCAUUAUUCAGUUGAGUCACGUACUCAUGGCCCCAGGGUCUUUGUACAGGCUAGUCACCUAAUAGGGCUGCUCUCACAUUUGUGUUUCAAAACAUAACUAGCUAUAGGUUUGUCACGUUGAUUGUGUUUAUGAAUGGUAGACAUGCGAAUAUUUGUACUGAAUGAAUAUUAUUACUAAAAAAUAAAUGGUUUGAUUAUGAUGAAAAUCUUGAUAUAAAUGUGCGAUUUCUGUAUAUAUAAAUUCGUUUACCGGAUACUUAUAGACAGCGAGCAAUUGUAGUUAUUCUGGGCAUGUUGUGAUUGAAUAAGCUAGUGUUUCCAACGAAACUUCAUACCAAGCAAGUGCAUAUAUGAACAAAUGCACAUUGAAGGAUUACCUGCUUGUAUACUAAUUACACACCUGCUUGUACACUUAUAAACUAGGGAACGAUAUCGAUAGAUACCUACAUAUGCUAAUUGGUUAAAAGUCGGAAAUAAAAUGCAUAUCA